AAUAAACAUUUCUUCCUAUUUUUAAAAAGUAGGAGACCUUACUUUUGGGAUUACCCUCAUAUAAAAUAUUUCUACAAAAUUAUUAGAUGUAAUAGUAUCAAAAAUAAAUCAAACUUUUGGCACAGGUUUUCUUAAGUAAUGCAAACUUUUACAUCGCUAUCUUCAAAGUAAACUCCUGCACUACACACUUCUGCAAACAUACUACUAGUAAAAGCAGUCCAAGAAUCCACUUAACUUCUUCUCUCCUGCUUAUUGGAAUAUGUAACACUAACUUUUAUCUUAUGGAACAGAAAAAACCUACAGGGACAAAAUUAAAGAACUAAGAAGAUUGGGAAAGUACUUUUAAGAUUUUCUUAGUCAGAUAUUUACUGACCAGAAAUGAUUGACUGAAGCAUUGUAAACUAGAGCUCUUAGUUUACAGACAUUAAAAAAUGGCUUCUAAUACUGCUUUGACAUAUCUUAUGGAUGCUAUAGCUGCAGGAGGAGUUAGUUUGAAGAUAGAUUUUUAUAUUCUUUUGUACUAGUAACAUAAUAAAAGUUAAGUUUAUUUUUUUAUUUUACCAUGCAUAUGACGGUAUAAAGUACAGGUUCACAAUCUUAAUUUUUAUUUAUUUCUGCAGGAAAUAAAUGUUAUUGUCUAUAAUGUUGAUUACGGUGACAAAAUAAAAGUUUCAAGAAAAGAUAUUUUACCAUUAUUACCAGCCUUUACAAAACUACCUGGAUUUGUAGUGUGGUGUUCUCUUGCAAAUAUAGAGCCAUUACGAACUGGAAAUAACAUUACAAAGAUAUGGCCUAAAGAAACAAUUCAAAGAUUUUUUGAACUUACUGGAUUUGAACGUUCUUUUAAUGCAAACAUUGUUUCACAUGGAAAUGCUGAGAAUAAAUUUCCUUUGAAAAUUAUUAUCUGGCAGACAAAAUCUGAAGCAAACUCUAUUAAUCAUAUUCUUGUUGAAGAAGGUUUAGCUGGUUUAGCAAUAUGUGUUGGUAAUUUCUUAAAAACCAACAAUGUGAAUAAUGAAUUGGAAGACGACAAAGAAAUCUCUGAUAAUUGGAAUCCAAUGGCUGAUGAUUUUCUCAGUGAACGUAACUCAUAUAAAGUAGAUAUUGAUGAUCCUGGUGUUGCUAUUACUGGCUACAAAUCAAAUCAAGAAGGAUAUAUUUGCAGACACUUCCUCCGUACAGGAAAAUGCUUAUGGGGUAACAAUUGCAAAUAUAAACAUACCCGAAAUGAAGAUUAUGCAGAUGAUGUAAUAUUAGGCAAUGAAAAUAUAUUUUCAUGUGAUAUUGAUUUGGAUAUACCUGAAAAUGGAAAAUAUGUAUUGGUUCAAAUUAGUGCUGUAUUUAAUCCUAGUCAUUUUUAUGUGAUCUUUCCUUAUGGACCUGUUUCUCUUCAUGAAAUUAUUUCUCAACAACAACAACCUUCCUUUAAUUUGGAGCAGUUGGUGAAAGAUAUGAGCGAACAUUAUACUAGAAAGAAGACAAGUAAAGAUUUGACACAUGAAGCUUUAGGAAAGAUUGUUGCAGCCAAGAGUAAUUUUGAUGGUUUAUGGUAUAGAGGAAGAAUUCGUACUGUCAAUGAAACUAGUAAACAAGUUGAGAUCUUCUUUGUUGAUUUCGGUAACUGUGAAUGGAUAAAUAAAAAUAAUGUUGAGGAUAUUGAUGAAAUAUUUAUGGAAUUUCCUUUUCAAGCCUUGGAAUGUCGUUUGGCUAAUAUAAACAUUAAUAAGUGGAAAGAACAAAAACAUUUGGAAAAAGAGGCACGUUUUCUCUUUCGUGAUUUGACUGAAGGAAAAGUUUUGAUAGCUUUAAUAUUAGAAAAAGUGAAUUCUGUACUCUACCUCAAUCUUUACACAUUGGAUGGAAUUGCAAUAAACGAGGAGUUUAUCAAACAUGAUUUGUUUGACUAUUCACCAGAGUUAUAUUGAGCAAAGUAUGUUUAAGAAAACUUGUUAUAAAAACAAGCAGUUUUCAUAAAUAUUAAUUUAUUUUUAUGUAAUUUAUUUUGUUUCCAUUUCUCUCUUAUAUAUUAAGUAAUCAAAUGUGCCAUUUAUUGUUCCCUUAGUUUCAUUAAAAAACUCAUGUAUAAAAGUACAAAUCUAUUUUUAUACAGUGAAAAGUAGAAUACGAACAAUGAAAUUAUUUUUCAUAAAUAUGUAUUUUAU